CUACUUUCUUUUGUAACUCCGCCUUUUCAUCGCCUGGUUUCCAUAAGAACUUAAGAAUUUCGAGUACAUCAUUAUACUUUUUGAAUGCUAAUUCAAGGUCAAUAUAAGAAUUGUGAAACGAUCUUUAAAUAAUAUUGUCAUUUGCACAGAAAAUUGUUUGAAAUAUGACGGAUGUAAAAGUAAAACUCGAAUUACAAAGUGAUGGGGAAGAUAAUGAAAUCGAUAUUGAAACGGACUCUGGUAUUGUUGAAAGAGAUCCCGUAGAAUCGUUGAAUAAUGGACCUUUCACAAAUUUCUCCAUCGAAGAAAUAUUGAAACCUGAAUUUGGAAUGCGGAAGAAACAAAACACUUUCAGCCAAACGAACAGCCAGAGAGCUUCUCCUAAAGAGCAAGAUGAAAACCAAUCCCCGGGCAGCAAUUCUGUGGGGCCGCUCCCUCUCCCCGCCUGGGUUUACUGUACUAGAUAUUCCGAUAGACCUUCUUCUGGUCCAAGAUCAAGGAAAGUAAGAAAGAAAGAAAAAUCACCACAGGACGAUAAAAGACCCAGGACGGCAUUUUCUAACGAUCAGCUUCAGAGACUGAAAGUGGAGUUUGACAAGUGUCAGUAUCUCACAGAACAGCGCCGACUAGAGCUGGCAAAGACACUGAAUCUCUCAGAAGGACAAAUCAAAAUCUGGUUUCAGAACAAACGUGCAAAAGUCAAGAAAUCUUCGGGAGGAAAGAAUAUUUUAGCACUUCAUCUGAUGGCUCAGGGACUUUACAAUCACUGCAGUGUUUCGAUGGAGGGUGUGGAGUAGUGAAACACAUCAUUUUAAAGUAAAAUCAUCUAAUAUGGAAAGAAUGACAUAGAAAAUCAAAAGAUACGGAAUCGAAGCGAGGCUGUGAUAAAUACGUGAAGAAGAGAUUGUAUACAUGAAUAUGAAAAAAUAAAUUAUAUGAGUGGAUACCAGCUAGAAAUGUAUACAAUUACUUGUCAUGUUGGUAUUGUGCAAAUAAGAUACUUAUUGUAUAUCAUACUGCUCUGGUUGGCUCCAGCAGUACAUGUACUGUGUUAUUUAUUUCAGUAUUUCGUGCGUGGUGUACUCUCAGUUAUUGGCAUUAGACCUUGUGUUAAUUAACUAAAUGAUUAAUGUAAUAGUACUAGUAUCAAUAAAGAUAUUAAAGCUUUAA